AUGAAAGGAACGGACAAUGACCGAGAAACGGAUAAAAUUUUCAUAUUUGGCUUAUUAAUGCUGCUAGCAUGGAUGUUGGUCGUACUUAUCUGCACUAGUCCAAAGUUCGCAUUGAUUGUUUAUGAGUAA